AUGGUUAAAAAGGCCAUUGACUCCCGGAUUCCAGCAUUGAUCCGCAAUGGAGCUCAAGAGAAGAAGCGAAGCUUUUUUGUCGUCGUUGGUGACAGGCAGAAGGAUGUCAUCGUCAACCUAUACCAUAUCUUGCUAAACGUGGACGUGAAGUUGAACAAGUCCGUGCUCUGGGCAUACAAAAACAAACUCAUAGGCUUCUCAAGUCACCGGAAGAAACGAGAAAAGAAAAUCAAGAACGACAUCAAACGAGGAAUACGCGAUGUCGACACCGACGAUCCCUUCGAGCUUUUCAUAUCGACCCAGAACAUACGAUAUGUCUACUACAACGAGACCGAGAAGAUCCUGGGAAACACAUACGGCAUAUGCAUAUUGCAAGACUUCGAGGCCAUAACGCCAAAUCUGCUGGCGCGGACAAUAGAAACUGUGGAAGGUGGUGGAAUGGUGAUACUGCUUCUCAAAGGCAUGAACAGUUUGAAACAGCUAUACACCUUGUCCAUGGACAUCCAUUCCCGAUACCGGACAGAAGCGCAUAACGACGUGGUUGCUCGUUUUAAUGAGCGAUUCAUCCUAUCCUUAGGCAGCUGCGAAUCAUGCCUCGUAGUGGAUGAUGAGCUCAAUGUCCUGCCCAUAUCAGGCGGCAAGACCGUACAACAGUUACCGCCACCGGACCCCGAAGACGAAGGAAAAUCGCCGAACGCAAAGGAGCUAGAGGAGAUCAAGGAAAGCCUUGUAGACUCGCCGCCAAGCACCGUCACAUUAACUGCAGCACGUGGACGUGGUAAAUCAGCGGCGUUGGGUGUUGCGAUCGCAGCUGCGAUUGCUCAUGGGUACAGCAACAUCUUCAUCACAUCUCCGAGCCCGGAGAAUUUGAAGACCCUGUUUGAGUUCGUGUUCAAGGGCUUCGAUGCGUUGAACUACCUCGACCACGUGGAUUACUCUAUUAUCCAAUCCACGAACCCGGACUUCAACAAAGCUAUUGUCAGAGUCAAUGUCCAUCGGCAGCAUCGUCAGACCAUUCAGUACAUUCGGCCAGAAGAUGCCUAUGCCCUGGGUCAAGCAGAGUUAUUAGUCAUUGACGAAGCUGCGGCUAUUCCGCUUCCGUUGGUGAGGAAGCUCAUGGGACCUUACUUAGUCUUCAUGGCUUCAACUAUCAAUGGUUAUGAAGGAACGGGUCGGUCACUGUCACUCAAGCUGAUACAGCAGCUCCGAGACCAGUCAAGAGGGAAAUCAAAAGCAAACGGCGACGAUCAAGUAAUAGACCGAAGCUCUGGCAAGGAGUCGAAAGACACAUCAGAGACCUCAUCCGGAGGCCGAUCAUUGAGAGAGAUCACCCUUUCGGAGCCCAUUCGAUACGCUCCCGGAGACGGCGUUGAGAAAUGGCUCAACAAGCUUCUAUGCCUUGAUGCUACAUUACCAAAGUCAAGCCUCAAGACACUGGGCUGCCCCCAUCCUUCACAGUGCGAACUAUUCCAAAUCAACCGAGAUACCCUUUUUUCUUUCCAUAAAGUUUCCGAAAAGUUCCUUCAGCAGAUGAUGGCAUUAUACGUUGCCAGUCACUACAAAAACUCUCCCAACGAUCUCCAACUCAUGUCAGACGCUCCCGCCCACCAACUGUUCGUUUUGACACCACCAGUAGAUCCAAAGAGCGAGCGACUUCCGGAGCCACUUUGUGUGAUUCAAGUUGCUUUGGAAGGCCAAAUCAGCCGAGAAAGCGUCCUGAACAGUCUCAGCAGAGGUCAAAGAGCUGGUGGAGACUUAAUCCCAUGGAUAGUAAGCCAGCAAUUCCAAGACGAGAAUUUCGCUGGUCUUUCCGGUGCCCGAGUCGUGAGGAUUGCGACAAAUCCUGACUACAUUAGCAUGGGUUACGGAUCUCGAGCUCUGCAACUUCUUCUGGAUUUCUACGACGGAAAGUUCGCCAGCCUUUCGGAGGUGGAGCCAACCGCUGAGCUUGAGAUGCAACGUGUCACCGAAGCAGAGUUAGAAACCUCUACUCUCCUCCAAGAUAACGUCAAGGUUCGAGAUAUCAACAAAAUGCCGCCGCUGUUCUCCAGGCUUUCGGAGCGGAAAGCUCCAGGGCUCGACUACGUCGGUGUAAGCUACGGUCUCACAGCACCUCUUCACAAAUUCUGGAAGCGAUCGUCGUUUGUUCCGGUAUACCUACGCCAAACUCCGAAUGAUCUUACUGGAGAGCAUACCUGCGUCAUGAUACGAGCAUUGGAAACAUCGAACGAGGAAAGCUCAUGGGUAGGCUCCUUUGCUCGCGACUUCCACCGAAGGUUCCUGUCGCUCCUCUCAUACCAAUUCCGAACCUUCCCGUCAGUUAUGGCUCUUUCGAUUGACGAGUCAGCGUCCGCUGGCAGUAAAUUGGAUAUGGCAUCGGCGCCACCUCCUCUAACCAAAUCGGAACUUGAUAAGCUCUUCUCGCCUUUCGAUCUCAAGCGAUUGGACAGCUAUGCUAACAAUAUGCUGGACUAUCAUGUCAUUCUCGACAUGCUUCCGACUAUUGCCACUCUCCACUUCACCGGACGCCUCAAGUCUGCAGUCAAGCUUUCUGGAGUUCAAACAUCACUAUUAGUUGCGAUUGGUCUACAACGGAAAGGCUUUGAGGAUGUGGAGAAAGAGCUAGGUCUGAACAACUCGCAACUGCUUGCCAUGUUCGUCAAAGUCGUUCGAAAAGUCUCAACCCACUUCCGAAGUCUUGUCGAGGGGGCCGUUGCAGAGACUAUGCCCGAGGCAAUGGAGGUAGACGAUGAAACCGGCGUCCAUGGCGAGAACGGUUUCAAGAGCGCGGAGGUACAAAGAUUCAAACCAUUGGCCAAGAAGCUGGAUGACGAACUUGCUGAAGGAGGCGAGGAGAUUGACCAGGCUGAGAGGGAACGAGUGAGGAGUAUGAUUGAUGCUCUCCCGUUGGAUCAGUACACAAUCGACAGCGAGAACGCCAAUUGGGAGGACGCUGAGCGCAAGGUCCGCGCUGCGCAGGCUAAAGGCAGCAAGGAAAUCACGGUCAGUAUCAAAACUGGCAAGUCUUCAAAGAGGAAAGCGGGCGAGGCAGUUGAAGAAGCGUAUCAGGAGGCAAUGGGGGCAUCCAAGGAAGGCAAGUCGAAGAAGUCCAAGGGUGAUGAGAAGCCGAAGAAGUCGAAGAAGGAGGGUAAAAAGAGCCGAUGAAACGAAGGUAGGGCGUUUUGAGGAUGGGGGCAUUCACGAGAUUUUGUUUUGCAUCAAAGGGCGGAGUUGGCAAAUGUCUCGGUUCAAAUAUGACAGUAAAGCUGUUCAAAAUGGAAAGCAAGUACUGGCAGUCAUUGGUUCUCCUUUCUUCUACAAGCGGAUGAGUUAUUGUUCAGUCAGUGGAGGUAUAUAAAGAUUCAAUGCUCGUAUACCGCCAAUAAUGUUCUUGUCCACAC